AUGGCAGACUCUCUGGUGGCCGACCAAAUGGCUCGACUGACACUCAGACUCUUGGAAAAGAAACUGGAAUGCGAACGUGAGAACAUGGAAGGUGACUCUGAACCAUUGAUUCUGGAGCCUUGAAAUGAGGUCAGACCAGAAGAUGCCCUGCAAAGUGCCCUGAGGAGAAGGAAGGACCUCCUGCAGAGACUCUGGGAACAACACCUCCUGGAGGAACUCUCCCGGGCCCACACUUGGAAGGCGUCAAACAGAGGGGCCUGGGGAUCCAUGCUGCCCCCAGAGGUGCCCACUGUGUGCAGCCACCCCCCUGCAUCCCCUCCUCCACCAGGCCCAGAGUCACCACGCAUCAUCCAGCAAUCGGUACCUCAGCCCCCUGCCACAAUCAUUCAGCAGUUGCCUCAUCAGCCCCUCAUUACACAGAUUACUCCUCCUCAGGCCUUCCCGACUCAAAGGUCUGGGAGUAUUAAAGAAGACAUGGUGGAGAUGAUGCUGAUGCAGAACGCCCAGAUGCACCAGAUCAUCAUGCAGAACAUGAUGCUCAAGGCCCUGCCACCUACCGCGCUUGCUGCCCCGGUGCAGCGGGCCCCCGGCCUGCACCUCAGCCCACAGGACGUGCAGUGGGCUCACCCUGCUCUCCUGCGAGCAGAAAAGCAGAGGCUGGCUUCAGUGCACCACCACCACCACUACCCACCGUCAGCCCCCCUGCAGCCUGUCUCUGCUUCCGGAACCCCUGUGGGUUACCACAUGUGGCCCUCUGUCGUCUCAGCCACAGCGCUCCCACAGGCUGCCAGCUUCCAGCCAGCUGUGCGCCACAUGGCUGGCCCAGUGGUCACUUCUGCCCUGCCUGCCCUUAAUGAGUAA